CCCCCCCCCUUUUUGUCAACUUUCGUAUCUAGGGCACCAAGCUACCCUUUCCCUUCCUCCUCUCCAUUCUCCCCCCCUCUUCAAGUUAAUUCCCACUUCCAAUCUCAAGCACAAGGCAGCCUCAAGCUCUCCUGAGUCCUUUGUUGCAUCCCCGACACAUACCUACACACCCCCGGUCAGGUCAAUCCGCGCGCAACUCUCCUCCCACCCCCACCACUUCAAUCACCUUCUCGACCUAUCUGUGUGUCCUCAGCCUUCAAGAUGUCUACUGCCGUUGAAAACACCACCGACAACGUCGCCGCUACCCCCGCCGCCACCGCCCCGGAGGCGACCCCCAACGGCACGGCUCCUGCUCCUGCCCAGUCUACGGACGCGGCGGCCGCCAGUGCCGAUGAAGGACGUCGGUUGUACAUUGGGAACCUCGCUUAUGCGACCACUGAGGGGGAGCUCAAGGAGUUCUUCCAGAACUACAAGAUUGAGAGCGUCUCCAUUCCCGUGAACCCCCGUACCAACCGCCCUGUUGGCUACGCCUUCGUGGACUUGGCCACUGCUCAUGAGGCCACCGCUGCUAUCGAGGAGCUGUCUGGAAAGGAAAUCCUACAGCGCAAGGUCUCCGUUCAGCUUGCCCGCAAGCCUGAGCCCGCUGAGGCUAAGGCUGAGGGUGCCGCAAGUGGCGGUGAGGGUGCUAGCGGUGCUGAAGGCCGCAAGAGAGCUGGUGGUCGUGGCCGUGGCCGUGGCCGUGGCCGCGGUCGUGGUGGCCGUCUGCCCCGUGGAGGACGUUCGCAGCCCCCCGCCCAGCCUGAGCAGGUCCCAGCGGAGCCCGUCAACGUUCCCGGUCAGGUUGCCCCCUUGACUGAGGUCACCAACCAGAACGAGACUGUUGCUACUCCUGAGGCUGGCAAGCAGGCUGGUAAGCCCCGUGCUCCUCGUGCCCAGAAGCAGCGUGGUCCUCCUGAGGAUGGAAUCCCCUCCAAGACCAAGGUCAUGGUUGCUAACCUCCCUUAUGAUUUGAGCGAGGACAAGCUCAAGGAGAUCUUCGCCGACUACCAGCCUGUUUCCGCCAAGAUUGCCCUGCGUCCCAUUCCUCGCUUCAUGAUCAAGAAGCUCCAGGCUCGUAACGAGCGCCGCAAGGGUCGUGGCUUCGGUUUCGUCACCCUUGGCUCCGAAGAGCUUCAGGAGAAGGCUGUGAACGAGAUGAACGGCAAGGAGAUCGAAGGCCGUGAGAUUGCCGUCAAGGUGGCCAUCGACAGCCCUGGCAAGGAAGACGAGGCUGUCCCGGUGGCUGAGAAGACCGAGGAGGCCACCGAGGCUCCAGCUCAGGAGAACGCCGCUCCGGCUGCUGAGUAAAUGACAAGUUUCGUUCCCCACCUGAACGAGUGAUCCCUGAUUGAAUAAUCAACUGGGGAAUGAAUCGAGGUGACGACAGAGUCGGGACCCGUCAUCUGGGGGAGGUUUGAGUCGUGGUCGUUCGUCAGGCGGCGGGUCUCGUCUUUCUUCCAGUCGGGGGUUGCGACGGAAGACGAGGUCCCCGGCGAAAACGUUCUACUGAAAAGUUGUGGGCGAUUUUCAUCCUGAUUGAACUGGUCUACGCGGGAGGAGUGUUCUUUCUAUCGUUUCUUUCCAAUUACUUAUCUUGCGUCUUUCUAUAUACGGAUUCCCGAAAAGGCUCCGUACGAUGAGAGAUGGAAACCCCCCGUAAUGUGUGGUGGUGACGGACGAACCUGGCUUUUGUUCACGAAUCUUGCUCUCUUGUGCUCUCCUGUAUCUUAGCCCCCUAUUUAUUGAAAUGAUGAUUAGCCGCAAGGCUGGCCUUGU